GUGAAACAAUCCGAACACGAGUGAUGCGACAUGCGGAAGUUUGGGACAAAGUUUAAAUCCCGCCUCCGCGUGGGCGUCUACUUGCGUCUCCCAGUACUUAUAAGCAGAAAAACACAGUCAGAUAAAGUCACAAGUGCUGAGCCUUCUUCAAUCCAUCUGAAAAUAAUAAUAACAAUCAUCAUCAUCAUCAUCAUGAUGUAUCGAGACCAUAUAUUUUUCACUCUGCUGACGUCACUGUGUGUGUGCCCCUCUGUGGAAGGUGCAGCCAGGAUGGAAAGUAUCAUGGAGGUGAAGUCGGUGACUGGUGAAGACUGCACUCUGGAGUGCACGGCCGUUUACAAAGAAGGUGUGGACUACCGAGCAGUCAGGUGGUACAAGGUCUUAGAGCCCACGUCGUCUCAGCUCAGCGGCCUCUUGACCAGAGACCUCCCCAACGGCACGACGAGAUGGUACGCCGGCGUGGAUCGAGAGGUGGAGCUGCUGGGCGAGUCCCGCAACAUCCUCCUGCCCAAUGUGACGUGUGGCGACAGCGGCUCGUACAUAUGUCACCUGGCAGCACCUGUGGGAGAGCAGAACAGGGAGGGGACGGUUGUCCUCACUGUGACAGAUUGUUCCACAGAAAAACAGAUGACAGAUACUUACUUGGUCAUUUUUGCCUCAGCAGUGCUGAUGUUAGCACUUCUGAUAUUUCUCAUAAGCUAUGGUAGUCUGAGGAAUGUUCUCAGAGACAGAAGCAGGCCCACAAAAAAAGACGUUUUAUUGGACGCGCCGCUUAAACCGCUUGAAAAAAAGGACUUGAUGUUGAUCUACACUUUGGGUCCGAAAUCAUCCACAACGAAGCACAUCUUUGUUUAAAGACAAAGUCGGUGUUUUAACUAGAAACAACUACCUGAAGAUUCCUACUCUGAGAUACAAUUUGUCAAAGAGCAUCCACGUUGCCUUAUCCACGCAGUAUAUGUUACCUGAUCUCAGUUGGUCCGAAGUAUUGACGGUGGAUUUCGGCAUGAAAAAUUUGGGGUAAAACAUCCAGUAUGAGCAGGAGGAUCAUCACCCUCAACUUUAUCCUGAAAAUGACCUCGUCAGCGGGAAAACCAAACUGUAAAAACAAGGCAACACAGAAGUCAGGUUUGGUUGCUUGGACACCGUCAAUGACACUUUCUGUUUAUUGAUGCCUCAACUUCAAACUCCAACUAGAACCAACUUGUAGAAAACCAUUCGGGAAGUAAUAAUAAAAAAAAAAACAAAGAAACGGACUGUUGGUUAUCUGGAACUGGACUCCGUCACCGCCCCCGUCACUGCGAAGGAGGGGUGACCUCAGGCUGUGGCUCCUCCUGUCCACAUGUCGAAGUGUCCAUGAGCGAGAAGCUGAACCCCACAUUGCUCCCGAUGGUCGGACCUGCGGUGGUGGUGGUGCAAACGGUCAUCUGUGUGUGUGAGUGUGUGUGUGUGUGUGGUGUGUGUGUGUGUGUGUGUGGUUAACUGAUAAAGCAACUUAUCCAUACUUAAAUGUAAUGUAUGCCCAAAAUAUUGAAUUUCAGAUAUUGGGUUCAGUCAUUUAUUUACAAAUGAAGUAAAAACACACAGUAUAUGUACAAAUAUGUGAAGAAUUAUCCAUGAAACUUGUAGUUCCUACACUAAGUCUUGCACAUACUAAGAUUUAUGUUUAUAUGUUAGGUAAAUAUAUAUCCAUCCAUCCAAGAUAGACAUGUCUGUCUUAAAUUAUGAGGAAAACUAGUAAUUAUGAUGUUUUAAUAUAAUAUAUUUAAAUAUAUAUCAUUAACAAAUAUGGUCACAACAUAAAAUACCUUCACCUUAAAAUACUGUGUGUACAAAUACAAAUUUUACUGUGUAUUUCAUAUAUGUAAUGAACUUAUAUCUUCAUAUAGCCAGAGGAUGUAUAUAUGAUUAUAAUAGACACAUAUGUCGUACAGUAUAUUACAUUUACGUAUGGAUGCAACCAUUUACUAUAUACAUAUGUUUGGCUGAUUAACCAAUCAGGGACAAAGGUUGAGAAAACUUUCUUCUCUUCCACAUCUGUGCAAAACACCUUGUUUUUUAAUCCUCAGAUUUACCGUGUGAUUUAUGAAUAUGCUCCAUGUGCACUUUAAAGUGAAAAAAGGACGUAAUUAAAAGUAUAUUUUGACAGGACGAAAUAUUCAUACAGGACUAAAUGAUCGUUGGUCGUAGUCUAAAUGUGAGAAAAUGAUCUUAACUCCAUCUUAAAAGCUCUCAACCACACCUGAUGCCUUAGCGAGAUCCACCAAUCCGCAGAAGAAUACUGUGAACUGUGGUUGAAAAGCGAGUAAGUUGACCUUUAGUUUGAGAUGAUUUCCUUCCAAAGCCAAGAAUUAAAUAGCGCACAAGACAGGUCAAAUCUUUAUGUGUGUCAGAGCAGUAACUAAAUAUUAUAACUCAAUAUGUAGCAAUAACGUAAAUAUAGUGAAACAAGAAACAGGUUUUUAUUGUUUGUCAAUUAAACAGAAUUAAACUAUUACUGAAUAUUU